AAAAAUGUCAGGGAACAACCCAAGCAACCUUUUUGAAGCUUGAUCCAACCCGUUCAGAGAACCUUACCAAGAGUCUUCAAUUCGGUCAAUAGGAUUAGACCUUCCUCGUGUUGUUAGCAUCCAAUACCCGACAAUGCCUGGAGCUAGAGAGGAUAAUAAGGAAGAGCAUUCUAGUAAUCAGAGUAUCAAAAACAAAAGACUCAGAGCCAAAGAUAGGUCGAAGAUGUCAAGAAAUCGUAAAUAAAGAAUAUAUCAAGGAACUAGAGUUUAAAGUCAGAUAUCUUGAGAAAGAGAAUAUUAGACUACAAAAUUUGUUAGCUCAAAAAGCUGAGGAGCAGGAUAGUCUUAAGCAAGAAAAUGUAUUCGAGAAAGAAAAAUAACAAUGGAGUACGUAAUCUUUGGAAGCAAGUUCUAGACUUAGAGUCUCUUGAUCCUAAAUAGAACCCCUACGAAAUUUUGAGAAGUAUGGGAUAAAUUCUUUAAAAUAAUUUUUGACAAGCACAAAGCCUUCAUCGAUGUUGCAUUCAGAAAGCUCAUCAAUGAUAUUCAUGCGAACGUCACUCCCAUCCAUUACAGAGACCUCACUGUCGACUAUGAUAGAGACUACGACAUCAUAAAGAAAUUCAACAACUGUACCAAGUUCAAAGAAAGUGAGUUCAAGAAGAAUCACAACUUAAAUGAAGUUGACCUGUUCAUCGCAUCAUUUAAACCAUCCAAAAAACAAUUCAAUUUUAUCAAGAAUGUGUUCAUCAGGAAAGAAGCUGCUGUUAAAGAAAAAUGUGUGCAAGCAAUCCACAGACUUAUAGAAUCAAAACAGCUCAUUGAAGACUCUUUCACUGAGUUAAGGUUUGCCCUUGCUCUGAUAACUAAGUCUAGAGUUCUAAGUGAAGAACAGUUAGCAAAAUCUAAAAUGAAAGGAUCGAUAUUCUACGAUAGUCAAAGCUUCAGUAAAAUUUGGAAAGUACAGUCAGUCCCAGUAACCAGAAGCUACGACUUGCUCCAAGAUGAAAUUCUUGGUAAAGAUGUCAAGAAGUACCUUCCCCCAUCAGAGCACACAUUCAAUGCUAACUUUAAUAAAUUUUACAUUGAAGAAUAAGUUACUAUUAAAAAUGUUCAAUUA